UUUGGCAGCGUCGUGGUCGAUGUUGAGUACAAGGACUUUAUCUGGCAACAGCCCGACCUGGGCAUCUGCAAGCUCGGUGUCUCCCAGGACGACAACUUCCCCGUGCUGGGCGACACGUUCCUGCGUGCUGCCUACGUCGUCUUUGACUGGGACAACCAGGACAUCCACAUUGCGGCCAACGAGGACUGCGGCACCGAGCUGAUCCCCAUCGGCUCCGGCCCGGACGCCGUCCCCGCUUCUGCCAUUGGCAAGUGCUCUCCCUCCGUCAAGACCGACGCGACCACGUCUGCUGCCGGCACCACGGCCACGUCUGCUGCCGCCUCGACGUCUGAGCUGGCCACCACCUCCUCCGAGGCUGCCACGACAUCUGCUACCGCCGAGACCACCAGCGUGCCGCUGACCACUGCACCCGCCACCUCCGGACUUCUGCCCACGACCUCGCACCGAUUCAGCAACGGUACUGCCCCCUACCCCAUCCCGAGCCUCAGCUCCGCCGCCGCCGCCGCCGGCUCCAGCACCGCCCUCUCCGAAUCCAGCACCGGCGCUGCUGCUCCCGGCACCACCUCCGCGGCCACUGGCUCUGGCGCCGCCACCACGGUCCCCUCGACGUACACCUCGACCUUCACCACACACAACGUGUACACGGUCACCUCGUGCCCGCCUUCGGUCACCAACUGCCCCGUUGGCCACGUCACGACUGAGGUUGUCGUCGCGUAUACGACCUGGUGCCCCGUUGAGAACGGCCCGCAUCCCACGGCUCCUCCCAAGCCCGCGGCUCCCGAGAUCACUGCGACGUUCACGCUGCCCAACACGUACACCUGCAGACAGGGCAAGAACACCUGCAGCAACCCCCAGACGGCGCCUAACGUCAUUGUUGUCACUCCCAUUGUCACCCAGACGGCUCCCGUUGUCAUCCCUGGUGUCGCCGCCCCCACCUCGUCUGUCGCUGUCGCUUCGUCUCCCGCCUCGCCCAGCGUGGUGCCAUCGCCCACUGCCCCUGUCGCCACCAGCCCGGCCCCGUCCGCCUACUCCCCGCCUCCUCCUCCGCCUGAGCAUGCUGUCUCUUCUCCGGCUGCCAGCCCCCCGGCCGUCACGCCGGCUCCCGUUCCCUUCCCUAGCGGUGGACUGACGACCGUUGUCGCCCCCGGCAGCACCGGUGUCCCCUCUCAGCCUGCCCAAUCUGGCCUGCCUCCUGUUCCGGCCGGAGCUGCCGGUUUCCGUGUCCCUGCCAUGGUGGCCCUGUUGGCCGGAGCCGUGGCUGCUGCUUUGUUGUAA